AUGUCAGCCAAAAUUAAUUUUACAUUAUACGACUCAUUUUUUCCCUUGUAUAAAAAAAAAGACUCGCCACUGGCAAAUGUCGCGUCGGAAAUUGAGGAACGUCGAUGCGACCUGAUCGAUCGUCACAAGCAUCUCAGAGACAAGGUCGCUAUGAUGGAACGUUCCAUCCCGGCUCUGAUAACGUGCAAUAUGUGGAAAAUGGCCGACGAGGGAGCAGGCCGUGACACAGCAUACCGCAUAGUACGACAGAUCGUGGAUAUACCGGAUCCUGUCGACGGACUGCUCGCCCGAUUAAAUGACGCUGUCAACGACCACCGCCUGGAAAUGGCACAGUUGCAUGAUAAGAUUAUAGAUGCGGAUGUAAAGCUGGAAGAAACCACCAUGGAGUUGGAGUCUCUGGAACUGGCCAACAAAGAGACGGAGGAGAAACUGCGAGCACUGAGGCACCGUCUGAGUAGUACAUCCAGCCUGCGUUCCAUUCAUUCGGAAGAUCUGAUAUGUCUGAAGAAGAUUCGUCAGCUUGCCGAAGAGGAGCUCAACUUGAAAAGUUGCAUCAAAGAGCUGGAGAACAAAGAAACCACGUACAGACGACAGAUGAGACAAUUUCUACCUUGUAAAAAAUUUCAACGCGAUAACGAAAAGGUGAAUGAAAGUUUUGCCUAUGUGGAUCUAAAAAUCGUUGCACAAGUUAAUGCUCGAGUAUUUUCGCAUACAUUUUCAGAUGUGUCUCUCAAACACCAUUCAUGCGACAAUAACACCGGUGAAUGCAUAUGCAACGCGUGUUUUGCUGCUCGCAAAUUGGUCUGUGAAGAAAAGCGCAACAUCUUAUCGACUGCACUGUGUGCAAAUUGCAGCGUUCCAUCGUUGACCAUCUCUGCUACCGCGGCUUCAGAGACGCUACGUUUGGUAGUACCGGACAUGGAACAUGAUGGUAUUAGCGACAAAGAAUUUUGCGAAUGUUACACCUGUAGCGAAAACAGCGAGGAAUCAACCUGAUGAUUUAAUACCUCAACAUGUUAAAA